AUGUCUUUGACAGAGAAGGAGACGAUCGCCGCCGAGGGCACCGAGCGCAUCAUCGCCCUCCAGGCUGCCCAGGAUGUUGAGCGCAUCGAAGCUCCCGUCACCUGGAAGGCCUACCUCAUGUGCGCCUUCGCCGCCUUUGGAGGUAUCUUCUUCGGCUACGACUCGGGUUACAUCAACGGCGUGCUCGGUUCUCAGAUCUUUAUCCAGGCCGUCGAAGGUGCCGACGCGACUUCCAUGAGCGACUCGAACCAGUCGCUCAUCGUCUCCAUGCUCUCUCUCGGUACUUUCAUCGGUGCCAUCAUUGCCGGCGACGUCGCCGACUGGAUCGGCCGCAAGUGGACCGUCAUUCUGGGCUGCUUCAUCUACAUGGUCGGUGUGGUUAUUCAGAUGAUCACCGACGGGGGCGCUUCCCUGGGCCUCAUCACCUCCGGCCGUGCCAUCGCCGGCCUUGGUGUUGGUUUCGAGUCGGCCAUUGUCAUUCUGUACAUGUCGGAGAUUUGCCCGCGUAAGGUCCGUGGUGCCCUGGUCGCCGGUUACCAAUUCUGCAUCACCAUCGGUCUCCUGCUGGCCUCUGUCGUCGUCUACGCCACCAGGGACAGGACCGACACCGGCGCGUACCGCAUUCCCAUCGCCAUUCAGUUCCCCUGGGCUCUCAUCCUCGGCGGUGGUCUCCUCCUCCUCCCGGAUUCGCCUCGUUAUUUCGUCAAGAAGGGCAGGGUCGCCAAGGCGGCUGAAGCGCUCUCCCGCGUUCGUGGCCAGCCCAAGGAUUCGGAGUACAUUCAAGCCGAGCUUGCCGAGAUCGUCGCCAACGAGGAGUAUGAGCGUGCUCUCGUGCCGUCCACCACCUGGGCUGGUAGCUGGAUGAACUGCUUCCGCGGCAGCCUUUGGAAGUCCAACUCGAACCUCCGCAAGACCAUCCUCGGUACCUCUCUGCAGAUGAUGCAGCAAUGGACUGGUGUCAACUUCAUCUUCUACUACUCGACUCCUUUCCUUCAGUCGACCGGCGCCAUCGAGGACGAGUUCCUUACGUCCCUCAUCUUCACCCUGGUCAACGUCUUGUCGACUCCCCUCUCGUUCUGGACUGUCGAGCGCUUCGGUCGCCGGACCAUCCUGAUUAUCGGCGCAUUCGGCAUGUUGGUGUGCCAGUUCAUCGUUGCCAUCGUCGGUGUCACCGUCGGCUUCAACCACACCCACCCGGACCCCUCGUCGGAUGACCCGAAUGCCCGCAUGGCCAACAACAUUUCGGCCGUCAACGCGCAGAUCGCCUUCAUCGCCAUCUUCAUCUUCUUCUUCGCCUCCACCUGGGGUCCCGGCGCGUGGAUCGUCAUCGGCGAGAUCUUCCCGCUGCCCAUUCGUUCGCGUGGUGUCGCUCUCUCCACCGCGUCCAACUGGCUCUGGAACACCAUCAUCGCCCUCAUCACCCCUUACAUGGUCGGCACUAACCGUGGCAACAUGAGGUCGUCCGUCUUCUUCGUCUGGGGCGGCCUGUGCACGUGCGCCUUCGUCUACUCGUACUUCCUCGUCCCGGAGACCAAGGGUCUGUCGCUAGAGCAGGUCGACAGGAUGAUGGAGGAGACUUCCCCUCGCACGUCGGCGAAGUGGAAGCCGCACACCACUUUCGCGGGCGAGAGGGCUCACGAUGGUGUCUUGGAGCACAAGGUGGAGAAUAACGGGGCCGCUGACUCUGCCGCCUAA